UCAUCAACAAUGCGAGCACCACGGAACUAAUUUGCUCAAUCCUUUUAUAUUGUGAUCUAUUUUCACUUUAAUUUUUAUAUUUUAUUGUUAUUUCCCGCGAUUAUCUGACGAUUUAUUCAAAUAAAAAGAGAAAGAAAGAAAAAGAAGGAUUAAUCAAUCUUUAAUCUACAGUGAUUGAUUUCACUUUUAUUUCUACGUAGAAGUGCAUUUUGCAGGAUUAACAUCACAUGCGUAAAAUAGUGCAUCAGCAGAAUAUUAUAAUUAGCGUAUGAUAAUUCGGAUUAUCUGAUAAAUAUCGUCGUGUUGGAUAUAAUGGCAUCAUCCGCAACUAUCAAGGAAGACUUGAAACUGCCGUGCAAAGAAGAAAUUUACCGACAAUGGCAAGAGAAUGGUUCGAAGAUGUUUUUUGGUGAACACGAACUUAAACUUGAGUUGAUUGAAAUGGACGAGCUGUUUAUCCAGAAAGCCAAGGAAGAAUUGCGGGAGACGCCGGAAAUAAUCGCCAAGAGCUGCGCGGAGCUAAAAAAACUAAUUGAAGGGGAAUCUAAUCUAAUUGUACCUGAUGAUGAAGAUUUUUAUAAAUCAUUCUUGCGACCAUGCAAAUAUUAUCCAAAAAGCGCUUUUUCGCUUAUUAAACGGUUUUAUCGGUUUCGUCAAAACUAUCCGCACAUAUUUAUUCAUUUAUUGCCUAGUAAAGAGAAGAUUGCCUUUUGCGCCAAUUUGAUUUAUCCAUUGCCGUUUCGCGCUAAAGACGGAACCAGAAUAUUACUAAUAGAGGGCGGUAAACGAUGGAAUCCAAAGGAAGUAUCAAUCAAUGACUUCUUUAAAGGCGUGAUGUUGUGUUUGUUGUUGUCACUAGGCGAGCCCAAAACUCAGAUUGCGGGUGCGUGCGUCAUCAUAGACGUGGAGGGUUUAUCUUUGUCUCAUAUAACGUAUAUUACUCCGAGUUUCGCCAAAAUGAUGGUUGAGUUUACACAAAAGUGUUUGCCCCUUCGUCUUAAAAAUAUUCACAUUGUAAAACAAUCUUUUCUGUUCAACAUGGCAUUUGCAAUUUUUAAACCAUUUUUAGAGGAAAAGAUUCGCAAAAGAAUUUGUUUCCACGGAACAAACUGGGAGUCUUUAACGACUUUCAUAGACAAGAAAGCGCUACUUAAGAGGCACGGGGGUGAAUUAGAAAUGCCCGAGAGACAAUUUGGUGUAAAUUUUUGGCAAGGUUUAUGUUAUUGUGAAUCCUUUUUCGAAGUUAUUCAACGUUCUGGAUAUAGUACAGAUAAUAAUGUAAACUAAUCACUAUUUAUAUUGGAUUGUUAUGUUCAUCAGCAAUCAUUUUUCUUAUGAUUAUGAUCAGCAAUUAUAUGGAAUUGCAACAAGAAACUAGCAUCGUGGACAUCUUAUCUUUGAAAAUUGCGAAUGUAAUUUAAAGUUGUUACAUCAGAAAUUGCACAAAAGAAAACACUAAAGGCCUAUCAACGAAGGUGAUUUAUUAAAAAAACAGGCUAUUUAAAAACAGUAGCAAAUACAUGUUGAUAUAUAUUGAUAGCACCAAUAAAAUGUAUUGCAACUUACAU